AACUUUGUUAGUCAUUCUCUUAUCUCUUGCCAUAGCUUUGUCUCUGCCGGGAACAAGGAUGAGAGCCAGGUGUUGUCAGGUGCUUCAACGUGUUUCUACGCGUUUGUCGGCUUCGACAUCCUCUCCACUACCGGUGAAGAGGCUCGUUCUGCUGCCCGGUCUAUUCCGAUCGCAACCGGCCUCACCUUGGCUGUCUCCUGCCUCCUCUACUUGGGCGUCUCUACGGUGCUCACUCUGAUCGCCCCCUUUGGUAGUCUGACCUCGAGUACACCUAUUGCCGAGGCCUUCGACAAAAUCGGUCUCGUCUGGGUCAAAUGGGUGAUUGGUCUUGGUGGAGUGUUUGGUCUGUCGGCCAGCCUUCUGGGCAGCCUGUUUCCGCUACCUCGAAUACUCUUCGCAAUGGCUAAGGAUGGCCUUGUAUUCGCUGUCAGGCAUCGUCUGAGCGAAGAAGCUGGCUAUAACAGAAUUCAUCAAGAAAUGUGGAAUUUCAUCAGACAAUGGUUGCCCGCCGUGACCCUACCUGCCUCACCAGAAGAGAUGAUCCUCAUCACGGAUGGAUCGGAGUUAGGCGAACGAUGA